AGCCAAGCCAAGCCAACCAGUAAGUACCCUUGUACCCUCAGGCACUCAAGUCUCUCAAGCCGCCACCACCGCCAAGAUGAGCCUUUCCCUGUACCGCGAUCCCUUCUUCGACAGCUGGGACAUGUUCCCUUUCCGUGGCGAGGAGCAGAAGCGCUUCAACAUGCUCGGCUCCUGCGACAUUGUGGAGAGCAAGGACGCCCACAUCUUCACCAUGGACACGCCCGGCAUGUCCAAGGACGACGUCAAGAUUGAGGUGGAGAACGACGUCCUCACCGUCUCCGGCGAGCGCAAGAGCAAGCACGAGGAGAAGGACGACAAGGUGCACCGCGUGGAGCGCCACUACGGCUCCUUCAAGCGCAGCUUCGGCCUCCCGGAGGGCGUCGACGCUAGCAAGGUCAAGGCCAAGUUCGACAACGGCCAGCUGCGCAUCGAGGUGCCCAAGCCACCCCAGAGCGCCAAGAAGGCCAAGACCCAGGUCGCCAUCUCCAACUAAGGCUCAAUUCUGCCACCGCCGAUGAAGAAAUCCGGCACUGUUGUUAUUUGGCUGCGAGGCAGCUUGCCUGCAUGCACGCGCGUUCGUUCGUUCGAGCGCGUCUGUUUUCCGCGUGUCCAAGUGAGCUACUGAGGUUCGCACGCGCGUUGUUACCUUGUCCCUCAUUCAUGGCUGAAGAGCACCCGUUACAAUUGCGCCGCUGACCCUCUUUUUGUUGGUGUCUCUGUAUCUUGCUGUUCGUCUGUUUCUGUGCGUUGUGAGUGUCCCUCACUCCUUGCCGGUAUCGUGGUCUCGAUCACUGACCUGACACCAAGGCCGCUGCCACCAAUAAAUGCUCGACCAUGAAGCGCAA